AUGCAGUCCCCCCGCAUAGCGGGGAGGAAGCGAGGGCGGCCCCCACUCCAGCCGUCACCCAUCAAGGUGGCUGUGCACAACCUCUUCUCCGCACCGGCCGGGGCUCUGCCGCUCGUGAAGAUCCCAAAGAAGAGAGGAAGGAAGCCCGGGCACAAGCUGAAGUCUCGUGUUCUGAUGACUCCCUUAGCAAUCUCUCCGCCGAGAAGCACGCCGGAGCCUGAUGUUAGCUCGAUCCCCCAGGACGCAGCGACCAUCCCCAACUCGACUGCUCCGCAGGCUCUCACAGCCUGCAUUUAUGUCAACAAGCAAGCCAAUCUGGGGCCCUACCUCGACCGAAAAAAAGUGCAGCAACUGCCGGAGCACUUUGGGCCCGAGAGGCCUUCCACGGUCCUGCAGCAGGCUGUCCAGGCUUGUAUCGACUGUGCCCUCCAGCAGAAGGCCGUCUUCUCGCUCAUCAAGCAGGGCUAUGGAGGAGAGAUGGUGUCAGUCUCAGCUUCUUUUGAGGGAAAGCAGCAUCUCCUGAGCCUGCUGGCAGUGAACAGCAUCGGGUACGUCCUGCGCUUCCUGAAGAAGCUCUGUCGCAGCCUCCUGUGUGACAACCUCUUCAGCAACCAGCCUUCCCAGCAGUACAGCACCGCACCAGAAACCCCAGAGGUGUACGAGAACAGACGGAUGGAGACAGCAGAAACGGUCAUACCUGAGGAUUACCUGGUCGAUCCUGUGCACAUGAAGCAGUACAGCGUGGAUCCUGCCGACUCUGCCUUCAGUUGCAUGGGCUCCAUGUAUGCCACGCGGCAGAGUCCUGCAGAUGGACGUCCUGCUGGAGGCUCCUCUUCCUCCUGUAGCCAUCAUCCCACCCAGACGUCUUCAGGGGGGUCCUCCUCCACUGGCCUGCGGCACCAGAUCUCCAGCCCAACAAGGAACGGGACCUACCCUGAAGGAAACAGAAGUGCCUCAAGUCCUUCACCAGAACGACAAGACUCGGCUCGGCCAUCAAGCAAGAAUCCUUUGACCUGGACUGUGGAUGACGUGGUUUGGUUCGUGAAGGACGCAGACCCUCAUGCUUUAGGUCCCCACGUGGAGCUCUUCAGAAAACACGAGAUUGAUGGCAAUGCUUUGUUGCUGCUGAAAAGUGACAUGAUCAUGAAAUACCUGGGGCUGAAACUGGGACCUGCGCUGAAACUGUGCUACCACAUUGAUAAGCUCAAGCAAACCAAGUUCUAA